UGCUGAGUUCACACAAGUCCGACUAGCACGUGUGUUUUGAGUAUAAUUCUAAAAAAGUUUGUCAUUCUGAGUUUUGAAUACACCACGAUAUUCUUUUUGAAAAAUGGAGGUGGACGACGUGGAUGAUUCGACGCAAACGCACACCUUCCAGGCACGGUUCGUAUCGGACACUGGCGAGGAGGCCGGUCCUCCUUUGGAUCUUCCGAUCAAUGUGACCAAACAGCAGCUGGAACUGAUCCUGAAUGCGUUGCUCAGGAACGAAGACCCCUCGCCGUACCUGUUCUUUAUUAACGACGAUGAGAUCCGUGACAGUGUCCAACAGACGCUGGGCGCCAACAAGCUGGACGCCGAAAACGUCCUGGACAUUGUGUAUCAGCCACAAGCUGUUUUCCGGGUUCGUCCGGUUACCCGGUGCACAAGUUCUAUGCCGGGACACGCAGAAGCGGUCGUUUCGCUAGCGUUCAGUCCGGACAGUUUGCAUUUGGCCAGCGGUUCUGGAGACACCACGCUGAGGCUAUGGGAUUUGACAACUGAAACGCCCCAUCACACCUGCACCGGCCACCGGAAUUGGGUGCUUUGUGUUGCCUGGUCUCCGGACUCGCUGAAAGUAGCCUCGGCCGAUAAAGUGGGCGAAAUUCGCGUCUGGUGUCCGGACACGGGCAAGCUCCUCGGACGUCCGCUGGCUGGCCACAAAAAGUGGGUCAGUUGCCUUAGCUGGGAGCCGUACCAUAAAAACCCGGAAUGUCGCUAUCUAGCCAGUGCCGGCAACGACAACGACGUUAGAAUAUGGGACGUCGUGCUGGGGACGUGCACGAAAGUCAUAGCCGGCCACACCGGACCGGUCACCGCGGUGCGUUGGGGCGGAGCUGGCAUCCUGUACACUUCGUCACGCGACCGUACAAUCAAGAUGUGGCGCGCAGAGGAUGGCGUCCUGUGCAAAACAUUCACCGGGCAUGCCCACUGGGUUAACAACUUGGCUCUGAACACCGACUACGUUCUUCGCACUGGACCAUUCCACCCGGUUAUCGAUCGGAACAAGAGUGUUUCCGAUAAGAAAGAACUGCAGCGGCUAGCCCAGGAACGGUACGACAAGGUUUGUCCGGAUGCGGUUGAAUCGUUUGUGUCCUGUUCGGACGAUUUCACUCUGUACUUGUGGAAAUCUACCCAGAAGCAGUUCGUCACGCGAAUGACCGGCCACCAAAACGUAGUCAACGAUGUAAAAUAUUCGCCGGACGUGAAACUGGUUGCGUCGGCGUCCUUUGACAAAUCAGUUCGGCUGUGGCGUGCCAGUGACGGUGCCUUCAUCUGUGCACUCCGUGGGCACGUGCAGGCCGUUUAUACGGUGGCGUGGUCGGCCGAUUCGCGCCUUCUGCUCAGCGGAAGCAAAGAUUCCACCCUGAAGGUGUGGAGCGUAAAGGACCGCAAACUGGCCCAGGAACUGCCCGGACAUGCCGAUGAAGUGUUUGGCGUAGACUGGGCACCUGACGGGUCUAGGGUCGCCUCCGGAGGGAAGGACAAAAUAUUGAAAUUGUGGUCGUACUAAGCGGAUUCACACAUUUUUUUUAAAGAUGAUAUAAUGAGCCAAUAAAAAUUGUAUAUUGGAAAAUGGUCUCUUAUUGGUUCCCUUAUUGUUUCUAUUCUAAUCUAAUCUAAUCAGACCCUAGCGCAGCCAAUCUUUCUAAGGGAUCCUGGAGAGUGCCUUAGGUUAGAUGACGCCUAGCACUCUUCUUGUCAUUUAUUAACAUUUGUAGUACGCCAUUGCAUCGGAAUGCAUUGAAACAUCACAAGCGUUAAAGCGGCCAGGCCUACUGCGCAAAGCCGUAUCGCAGAGAUGACUCGUAAUUGGGUUUAGUUUGUGCACAGAGUGUUCGAACAACAACACAAUUCUGAAUCGACAGGGGAGGAAGAAGCGUGGGGACACACCACCAUACGCUCCGAGAUUUUGGUUGUAUUCGUUGGGAGCACCAUGCUAAGAAGGUUUGGUACUCCGGGACCCUCUGGGAUGGGACAUUGUAUUUCCACGAAUGCCCUGGACACUAUUUGCCGUGGUUAUAGCGCCACAACUCGCUCUCUGUAACAGUAUUCCUAAUUCCAGUCCACGCUCACCAAGUCGUCAUUGCCUAGUGGUUAGCAUUUUUGCUUACCAAUCCAAAGGACGGAGGAUCGAACUCCGCCUCGAGCGACUUUGAUUUUUCGUUCAUAUUCAUCAUUUCAAAUUUAUGUGUUCUUAACUUUCUCGUUGGGAGCAGAUUAGAAUCGAACCCAGAACCAUUCGCUUACAAAGCGAACACCGUAACCAGUCAGCCACGGCCGCUCCUUCAACCUUCCCUUAUUGUUUCUAUUAUAUAUUUUUUCAAGCAAAAACAAAAAUUGUUGCUGCGUUUUCUGUUCUGUGUAUGUAAAAUUCUUGAAAAAAAUGAGGUCAUAAUAUAUUUUUUGCAAUUCUGUCGUGAAACUACUUACUUUUCCUGUCAUUCCCGAACGGCGAAACAGCUUUUUCUCUACCCAAAAUAACCUUUUAUCCUUUUUCAAUUAUAAAUAAAAAAAUAAAAUAAAAUAUUGCAUUUUCAAUGGGUGCGAAGACAACGUGUUUCAGUAAGUAAUUUUUUUUUAACUCAUCGUCAUUCCAAAUUUCAAGUUCAAGCAAAAUGGCAGUUUUUGUGCGAAAAAUUAACACUUCCAACAUCCUGCGGCCGUUCUGGUCCCGCCUUCCGGCCAACACCUUUUCAUCGAUCCCCGCCGGAAACGGCAGCAGUGGUGACGGUGAAGACAACUCUCAAAAAGAGCGAAACAAUCUGCACAGCUACGAAACGGUGGACGAUCCGAGCUCCCUGGUCAAGACGACCAUCGUCCGGCGGAACGCCGUGCUGCAGCAACCAAAAA